CCACAUCAUAGUUAAAAAUCAACUUCCUGUCAGAGACGCGCUUGUAGGGAACGAGCAUCAUUGCCAUUCAGUCGAAGAGAUCAAAGAUGUAGAGCGACGGUGAAGGAACGAUUCCAUAGUGGAUAUCAAGAUGGAGGAAAAACAGUUUGCAAUACUUACUAAAGAAUCUGUGCGUCUAAUGGCAGAAGCAGCAGGCCACACAAACCUGCCAGAAGAUGUGGCUUUGUUGCUGGGAGAAGAUGUUAGCUAUCGGCUAAGGGAAAUCACUAUGAAAAGUGCUGAAUAUAUGAAAAAUGCCAAGAGACGUAGAUUGUCACCAGAAGAUUUCAACCAGGCUCUGAGAGAUAGCAACAUUGAGCCUGUGUGUGGAUAUGGGGCAGCAACUGAUCCUAUGCCAUUUCGACAGACUCGAGAAGGAGAGCUUCAUUUUGUAGAAGAUGUAGACAUCAACUUGAACAAUGUUGUUUUCAGCAGUUAUAUUCCUAAACACUUGGGGCGUGCAAGUAUAAAAGCUCACUGGAUGGCUGUUGAAGGUGUAUCCAAGUCAGCUCAUUCUAAUCAAACUCUUCAGGUGCAAGGAAAGGCUGUGAAGAAAGAAUUGCCUGAGGAGUUGAUGCAGUAUUAUAACCAAAUCACUAAAGCUCUUGUUGGAGGCAAUACAGCAGUUGUGAAGCUGGCUUUGUCUGAUUUGGCGACCAAUGCAAAUAUUCUACCAUUGCUGCCAUUUUUUGUCAAUUUUGUGGCUAAUGGAGUGAAAUCUGUAAGCCAUGACAUUUCCAAGAUGACUCUUCUUAUGUAUACUGUGGACUCUAUUGUGCGAAACCAAGCUGUCUUUCUGGAACCACAACCAUAUCUCAGUUUGCUGGUCCAGGCAGUGGAAUACUGCCUUUUGGAGCCACUGGCAGCAUCUAUCAACCCUCUUAAUGACCACUGGAUGUUACGUGACUAUGCUGCCCGCCUGCUGGCUUGCAUUGUCAGACAGUGGUCCAGCCCUAUGAACCAUCUGAUGAAGAACACAGUACGAGACUUGACUGAGGCCCUGCAGGAUCUUAGCAGGCCCUUCAGUUCUCACUACGGAGCCACUAUGGGAAUAGCAGCGCUUGGCCCCAAGGAGGUGGAGGAAGUGUUGUUGCCCCUGUUACCUGCAUACUGGCCGCACCUGAUGGCCUCAGUGGAGGAUUUUUCACCAGCUAAUGCUCUUCUUCGGGCAGAUGCACACAAAGUGCAGAAUGCAUUGUUGCUUGCAUCAGAGUCUUUGAUGAGGCACAAACUCCAGCAGUUUGAAGAUUCUCUGCAGCCUGGCAAUUUGGAGCAAGGACCUCCCAACUCCAACGUUCGUUCUGCCCUUAGGGCAGCUUCAGGCAACAAGAAUAUGGUGACAUUAUAUCAGCAGUUGUCAGAGUACUUUGGCGACCAGCUAGCAGCAAGACUACCAGUACUGGACUUGUCUUCAGUGUUUCAGCCACAGCCACUGGAUGAAAGAAUCAGCCUUUCAGGUGCUGACAGUCAUUGCAGUGGGGAGGCGCUGCUUGCCACCCUCAUGGAGGAGGUAAAAAAACAGCAGCAGCGAGAGGAACAACUACGGGUGGAACAAGAGCAAGCCCUUGCCGCAGAACGAGAGAAGCAGAGGCAACAAAAGCAGCUGGAAGAGUCAGCACGCAAGAACCAGUUGAUGAGACACAGUUACAUGCUGGGCCAGGACAGUCUUGCUGGCUAUAUCCCUGGACAGCAUUCAGAAACGCUCCCUGAUCAGAUAUUUGAUUACAGUGAGUCGGAUUUACCUCAGCCUUCUGGCUCCAAGUGGGAUGCCUCUGACAACUCUGAGGAGGACAGUGGGCAAGUUAAUUUCUGCCAGUCCUUAGCUGUCAGCACAAUCAGUGAUCCCAGCAAAGGAACUCUGAAACUGAAAAUUAGCAAGAGGCAGAUGGGGCAAGGAUCGCCACAACAGUCAUCGUCACAGCCUCGCCUUACCCUGCAGAUCAACAAGUCACGGACAGAAACAGACCGGCACCACACAUCCAAAGACUCACACCAGAGAGAAUCACGGCACAAGCAUAAGCGACGACAGCAUGCAAAGAGCCAACGGGAACAUGAAUCCACAGAGAUCUUGGAACGGAUGGAAAUAGAAGACAGUUUCAGCCUUUGCUUACCCAGUCUGCCAGCACAGAUGUACUCUCCUAGUGGGGAGAGCAGUGGAUCAGAUACAAAUCCCCACAGAAAACCCAAACUGACAUUGAAGUUAAAAGUGCCUUCAAAAGAUUCUGCAUCGGAGUAGGAAGUUCAUGGAUGCAAUACAUCAAGUUUACAUGGCCCUUUAAAUAAAAGAAAAAUAUAUUUGAGAAACUUAUGGCAGUGCUGCUAAUGCUGUGUUGAUACAUCAUCUGAUGAGGUCUCACAUAGGCAGCAUAAAAUUACACGGUCCAUGUUUUAUUGAUUUGCCUUCCUUGAGAGAGAUAACUAUGUCGAUAAAAAUAUUUAUACAUGUGCUCUGUGUGUAUGUUGAAUGUGUAUGUGUGCGCGGGGGUUCUUUUCUCAGUUUUCCAUUUUGCUUACCUCUACUUAAUGUUUCUGAUUAAAUGAGCAUUGACUUUA